ACUGAACAAUGUUCAUUCCGUCCGUGACGAUCGAUCCGACCUUCAUGUCGAUCGGCACAUAGUUGCAUCGUAAACAGACGUGGGAUACGUCGUAGGAUCAAAUGAAGAGGCGUUUUUCAACCGAGAGAGUCACCGAAAUCAUCCUAGAAGAAGAGGACCGUCUUCUAUUUCGAGCUUGCGUCUUUCUGUGACGUCACGUCGACGAAAAUAUCACGCGGUUAGGGAGGUGCAGUCGUGGCCCUGAUGUGUGGUCCAGGUCUCGAUCUUUCCCAGACUCCCAAAAAUUCUCAACCACUUCGCUCUUCCAUAAUUACCGUUGUCGACGGUUCGUGAGGAUCGGUCGUUCGCGGAUCGGGAAGCGAUUCCAACUCGAUCGCGAAACGUUUUCUCCUAGGUCCAUCACGGUGGGACCGGUGAACCGCGAGGACAAUCCGGAAGAUUUCCCCGAGUGUGAAACGUUUCGAGAAAAGUGGGUCGUGGCUCUCCUACGUACAACCGAUCCCCCACCUUAUUAACAUUUCGUCGUCCAGGAGUCUGUCAGUGGCGCAUCGUUCACGUCCUCGAGAGGAUCCUCGUCGUCAUACGGCUCUCGUGAUUCCCAGGAGCUGAUACACAGAUAUACGCCUGUGCCUUUAUUUUUUGUUCCAUCGACAGGUGGAAGUCGAUAAGAAAGUCGGAGUUAAACGCGAGAAGAGAACCCUGUGACAGAGCAGAGAAGAAUGCCUGGUGCCGGUGGUCAACCACCGCAGAGGACCACUUUUAGGCCGCCCUGGGUCAAGGAUGGUCCGUCACCUCUACCUAUGCCUAGUGCACCCUGGACCCUCAAUUCCAGGAGAGAUUCGAAACCGAAAGACGAGGAACCACCUCCGUUUACCCAGGUUACUCUCAAAAGUGUACCGAAACCAGAAGCGAAGCCCUCGACAGAUGCACAGCCGCGUAAACAGAGCAAGAUCACAAUAAUUCCGUCACAGCCUAAAAGCGAAAAGAAUACGAGCAGUCAACCGGCACCGACGAAGCUCCGCGAGAAUGGACGACAAGAGCCAAAUUCGAGGCCACAGCUCGAACGACAGGUUCGAAUCGAGAGGUCUCGAUCUCGAGGUGACACAAUACCUCUCUCCAAGAGUGAGAGCACCACAGGAGCGCCGACAUUAUCGAAAAGCUCGUCGAGGGCAGCGAUCCCGCCACCACCACCUCCAAGACCUCCGCCACCGCCUCCGAGUAGAACGAUUCUGAAAGAUCUUCCACCGCUGAACGAAGGGCAACAGGAAAAACUAGAAAUGUUGAAACAGAGGCCACGAAAACGUCCUGACUGGGCGAGCAUGAUGAAGGAAGUCGAAAGCGGGAAGAGAUUGAGGCACGUGAAAUGCAACGACAGGAGUGCGCCCUUGAUCGAGAGGGUGAACAAGGUUACAGCUGAUCCAGCAGGGAUGGCACACUUUGUGUUCGAAUCUGAAAAAUCGAACAUGCAUAACCAAUUGCUGAAGCAGAUUCAGGAAGGUAUCAAAUUAAAGAAAGUACAGACCAAUGACCGAUCAAAACCAAUGCUAGAGGGUUUGAGGAAAUUCCGAAGGCAGCUGACGAUAGAGGAACAAAUGCAAAAAGCUGAAGAACCCACGGAUGACUCUAUUUCGGAUGAUAUGGAUGACAUUGAUGCCGUAAGGGAUGACUUACAAAGUACUAAACAAAUGCUUGCUCUUGAACUUAGAAAUAAGGAGGCAUUAGAAAGAGAAAACAAGAGAUUACAAGCAAAAAUUUUGAAUCUUGAAGCAGAAGUUGAACAUGCGAAAUCUCAGAAAAGCGUCCAAGAACAAAGAAAGUAUGAUGAAAAAGUAACAGAAUCGUUGAAAAAGGAAGCUCAGCAAGCAAGGAAGGAUGCUGAGAAAUUCGAAAAAGAGUAUAUGACUGUCUCAGAAGAGAAAGACCAGCUCAAAAAUGAAUUAGAGGAAAUGAAAAGGAUGUAUGCUGCUUUAGAAAGACGAAUGAAAGCUGAACAAGAGCUUGAGCCUGAGCCAAUAAUUGAGCUAGCAGAUGAUGGGGACGAAGCAGCUUGGUACAAUGUUUCAGGAAUGGCACUGGCUGGUUGUCCAAGUGCAAAAGAUGUAGCAAAAAUUGCUUCUCAAAAGAGCAUAGAUAAAAGAGAGCCAAGUGAAAGUGAAGAGGAAGAAGAAGAAAGCUCAGAGGAGGAGGAAGAUGAGGAAGAUGAUCCAAAGGCAGCAGAAAAGCGAUUGCAAAGAGAAAUCAAACUUUUAACAACCAAGAUUACAAAUUUCAAGGACAAAGCAGUUAAUGCCAGAAAAGAAAGACAUGCAUUGAAAGAUCAAAUUAAGCAACAACAAAAAUUAUUAAAAGAAGAAAAGAAGAAGUAUAAACAACUUCAGAAAGAAGUUGACAAAAUGGCUAAGUUAAUGUCAGAAAGUGAAGAUGAUGAUAAAGAUGAAGAAGAAGAGGAAGAGGAGGAGGAAGAAACUGAGUCAGAAGAAUCAGAAUCUGAAGAAUCUGAAGACGAAGAAACUGAAACAGAAGAUGAAGAUCAAUCUAUGGAAGGUCAAAGAAAUAUUUUGCAGAAACAAUCCAAGAAACACGAAGGACGUUUAGCUGCAUUGAGAAAAGGUAAUUAUCUACUUAAAGCACAAGUUGAUAGAUUGAAAGAUGAUUUAGCAAAACAACGAGAAGCUAGUCUCACUCUACAAGAAGAUCUUGACUCUGUGUUAGCAGAAUUAGGUUAAGUUAAUGUAAGAACAUACAUCUAAGAAUGAUUAUGAACAAUUGUAUACAUACACAUAUAAGUAUUACAUAUGAAAAUAUAGAAAAUUUUAUGUCUGAAAAGCCAGACGCAACUUGUACACGCACACUCACCUAGCACCUUUUGUCGAAAAUCUUACACUCAAAAAGAAUUUUUGUUUAAUCAACUACAGAGAUAAAGAUCUCCUAUUUUGUAGUAUCGAUCAGUAAACGCACUAAUUUGUUUUUUUUAGUAUCUAUGGUAAAUAUUCUAUAUGCGUAACGAACUAAAGAAAAAACAUUAAAACAAAAGACAAAAUCAUGUAAAUUUUCUAUACAAACUUUACAUCUAUCGUAAUAUUCUUUGUAAACGUGAAAAACGUUUGUAUGAAAUUACAAAUAUUGUUUUUUUUGCUAUCAUAUUGUUAAAUAUUUUUUAAUAAAAACGAUUAUUAUUCGAUCAAGGUUUUA